GCAGCGGGGGUUGGGGGGCUGUGUGGGGCUCGCUGUGGGGCAGAGCCAGCAGCCGGUCCUGCGGCCAUGGCGGGGGCUGCAGCGGGCGGCAGAGGCGGAGGUGCCUGGGGGCCGGGGCGCGGAGGGGCCGGGGGGCUCCGGCGGGGCUGCUCUCCCCCAGGCCCCGUCGGCUCCCCCCGGUCUGGGCUGCAGCCGCUCAGGGCCACGGUCCCCUUCCAGCUGCAGCAGCCACACCAGCGCCGGGACGGGGGUGGCCGCGCAGCUAGCGUCCCAUGUGCCGUGGCCCCAGAAAAGUCAGUGUGCAGGCCUCAGCCACCCCAGGUCCGACGGACAUUCUCCCUGGACACCAUCCUCAGCUCCUACCUUCUGGGCCAGUGGCCGCGAGAUGCUGAUGGGGCCUUCACCUGCUGUACCAAUGACAAGGCCACCCAGACCCCCCUGUCCUGGCAAGAGCUGGAAGGUGAGCGGGCCGGCUCCUGUACGCACAAGCGCUCAGCAUCCUGGGGCAGUACAGACCACCGCAAAGAGAUCACCAAGUUGAAGCAACAACUGCAGAGGACCAAGCUGAGCCGCGGUGGGAAAGAGAAGGAGCGGGGCUCCCCGCUGCCAGGGGCCCAUGCUGUGCGGGGCACUGUGAGGGCAUCCCCUCCCAGCUUCUCCUCAGGGUCCCCUGUCCUGCGACUCAGCCCCUGCAUGCACCGCAGCCUGGAGGGGCUCAACCAAGAGCUGGAGGAGGUGUUUGUGAAGGAGCAGGGGGAAGAAGAGCUGCUGCGGAUCCUUGAGAUCCCCGAUGGGCACCGCGCCCCAGCUCCUCCCCAGAGUGGCAGCUGCGAUCACCCCCUCCUCCUCCUGGAGCCGGGCAACCUUGCCAGCUCUCCCUCCGUGUCCCUGGCAUCUCCUCAGCCUUCUGGCCAGGCCAGCCGCGAGGAGCACCGGGGGGCAGUGGGGGACCUGGCAUCGGUCCCCAAUGACAAAGCCUCCUCUCCGGGCCACCCAGCCUUUCUGGAAGAUGGCAGCCCAUCUCCAGUCCUCGCCUUUGCUGCCUCCCCUCGGCCCAAUCACAGCUAUGUCUUCAAACGCGAGCCGCCGGAAGGCUGUGAGCGAGUGCGUGUGUUUGAAGAGGCCACGUCUCCAGGUCCUGAUUUGGCCUUCCUGACUUCCUGUCCUGACAAGAACAAAGUCCAUUUCAACCCGACUGGCUCAGCCUUCUGCCCUGUCAGCUUGAUGAAGCCCCUCUUCCCCAGCAUGGGCUUCAUCUUCCGUAACUGCCCCUCAAGCCCAGGGUCCCCUCUUCCCCCCACCAGUCCUAGGCCACCACCUCGGAAGGAUCCAGAAGCUUCCAAGGCCACCUCCCUGCCAUUUGAGCCAUGGCAGCGCACCCCGCCGUCAGAAGAGCCCGUGCUUUUCCAGAGCUCCUUGGUGGUCUGAGGGCCCCAUUCCCCCCAACUUUUCCCAUGGAGAGCAGUGCCUUGGUGGCAGGUCCCUCCGUCAUUCCCCUGAGGUGGGAGAUGAAGGAGCCCUUCCUUCUUGGCCUUCGAGCACUUUCAUUUAUUGUGUCAAAGCCCUAGGUCCUCUUUCUGAUGGACACUAGCCCCUCUGACAGAGGGAACCUGCCUUUUCCACUAGCAGCUGGGCAGCUCACAAGUCACACCUGUGUUCUUGCCACCUUUCUCACUUGGUGGAAAACACACCCAGAAGGUCCUGGGUCCCCUGCCCCGGGUGUGAGUCCAAAGGACUGUACACAAGACCCUUGUCCUUGUCAUGGAGCAAGUUGGUCAUGAUUGGAGAGGGGGCACCACAGGUUUCCUUCCCUCUCCUCCACAGACACAGACAAGGACACCGGAAGAGAGAUACCCCAUCUUCCCAACCCCCAUCCCUGUACCUCCCUCUGAUUGGAGGAGCUGACCAAAGCAGCCCAAAAGGGCCAUAACACUUGACCAAUCCAGCUGCUGGCAGAGGGGGGAUCCAAGCAUUUCCCAAGUGGCAUUUUCAUCUCGCUUUUACCCUGACAAAGAUUGUCUUAAGCAGCAGCCCAGCCUGCCCAGCCCCUGGUGGGUCAUGGGGAAGAGGGAGAGCUGGCAUUCCUCCAGGUGGCGAGUGGUGACUCUGCACUCUUCACCUGCCCCAGGAUUGGGUUGGAUUAGAAAAAUGCCUAUUUUUCUUGUAUCGAUGUAGAAACUCUAUUUUCUCCCAAAGACACUAUUUUUGCAGCUGUUUGAAGUUUGUAUAUUUUCCGUAUUGCAGAGCUUACACGAGAUUGAAGAAUGUUAAUGUUCAAGUUUUCUUAUCCUGUGUUUAGAGUUUUUUUUUUUUUUGGCAGAUCUUGGUGUUAAUAAACUGAAUAAGUAUUCCCAACAGCUUG